AUGGAGAGCAUAGUAAUCGUGGCCAUCGGUGUCCUGUGUCUGGUAUUCGUGGGAUCAUUGGUGGCACUGAUAGUGAUAUGUCAUCACCGACGUCGGUCUAAUCGGUGGUCACAACGGAUACGAUGGGGACACAACGCCAUCAAUAACAUGGAGUUGGAUGACGUGCGGCUCCAUCCAGACAUCGAUAAGAUAUUGGCGGACACCCAAUGGGUGGACGACGCCACUGGACUCAUACCUCAUUGUCUGGCAAUACUGAAGAGUUGUCAUCACUUGACUGAGCGAUUAGUGGCGGCGACGAUGAGUGCAAUGACCCGAUACCAGGAGGAGGAACAGCAGCACAAGUUGUGGGAAAUCAUUAGAGUUGCCCAACGGAUCAGUCCCCGAGUGGACGAUGUCGUCCAGUCUAUGUACCCCCCACUCGACCCACGACUACUCGAGUCACGAUGUCUUUCACUGGUCUUAUCCGUGUCACAGCUCGCUAUUGUCAUCAGAUAUCUGUGUCAUGUUAAGAGCCAUUGGAUUCAAGAGGCUCUUCAAGAAUUGGACGUCCAGUUAAAGAUUCUACGUGACGCCGGACAAACACUUUUGGACACAUCCCUUACCCCAUCCAAUGUUAACUCAGAUGAAGAAAAAGAUAUCGAAAAUGCUAAUAGAGUUGAUAUAAAUCGAUAA